AACAAAAAAGCGGCGCACUUCUUCCCGGAAGUCGCGUUUGCAGGAGUUCCUCGCUUCCGGUCUGUUGAGUUAAUCCACUUGUUGAGGACGAAGAGGUGAACACGCAAGAAAAAAAAUCGUAACUAAAAGUGUAACAAUGGCGGAUACGGACGGAUAAAAAAAAAAAAGACCCCGGCGAUAUGAGCAUUAUGUUCGGGUUGAGAGAAGCCGGAGUCCUCGGCGCCUCCUUGGCUCUCGCGGGUGGAGUCGCCUAUUUGGUCUGGAACUACACCUCCUCCUCCUCCACCUCCACCUCCUCCACCUCCUCCUCUUCUGCGGGGAAGAAGCCUCAAAAAGACGUUAAAAGUGAACAACCCGUCGUAGUCCCCGCUGCUGCUCAGCCGGUUGUUGCUGCUGAACCGGAGAAAGCGUCGGAGCCCGCGGGGACCCAGGUGCUGGUUCUGGGUCUGGAUGGAGCCGGUAAGACCAGCCUGCUGAACUGCUUCUCCACCGGGUGCCUGGAGCCGGACGUGCAGCCGACGCAGGGCUUCAACGCCGUCUCCAUCAACCGGGAGGACCUGCACAUCGAGUUCCUGGAAAUUGGCGGUAAAGAGGAGCUCCGGCCGUACUGGAGGCGGUACCUGUCCAGGGCCCUGCUGCUGGUGUUCGUGGUCGACUCCUCCAACCCGGCGCUUUUCCCCGUCGCCAAGACGCAUUUACACGAGCUGCUGGCCUCCGAGCCCCGCCUGCCUUUAAUGGUGCUGGCCAACAAACAGGACCUUCCGGGAAGCUGCGGCAUCACCGACCUCCACGAGGCGCUGUCUCUGUCCGAGGUCGGGGACCGCCGGUUGUUCCUCAUCGACACCUACGUGAAGAAAGGCGAGGCGGAGCUCGGCUCCGGCGUCCAGGACGCCCGGGACCUGAUCAUCCAGAUGGUUUGUGACGGCAGAUAAAUGAACCGGUCGCUUCUCUGCACCUUUUUUUUUUUUUUUUUUUUUGUAACCGCGGACGACGCUUUCACCGCGGCUGAAACUCUUUAUUUAUCUCGACGCGUUUGGUAGAGUUUGGGACGAUGACACGUCACUGGCUUUAGAGUUUGCCUGUUCCAUCGUUUACCAAAAGUAAAAGAGUUAUUUAGUUAAUUUAAGCUCGGGGGGCGGCGGUGAGUUUCAUCGGUAGAGACACGAAUGUUUCCACUUGACGAGGAUCCAGGUGGGUUCACAUUCACUCGGGACGACGUCUGCUUGGCUCCAUCAUCAGCGACGCGCUCGAUUUUUAAAUACCUCCACGUUAAGACUUAAAGCUAACUCACUUUAACACAAAGUCCAAAAAUUAGGCUCGGAGGACGUCUUGACUUCUGGGUAUUUUAGGGCUGUUCCCUCUUUCGGCCACACGGGGUCGCCAAAGUGCAAACAAAGCAAACUGAAAAUGUCUAAAUGAAACGGUUGUUGUUUAAUGAAGCAGGUAAAGUGUGAUAUUUAAGGGCUGUUUUAUUGUCGAAUAAUCGGAUAUCUUGUCACCGAACUUUUAUCACGACCAAAUAACUUCUUUGUUUUCUUUUGGAUGAGCUUUAAGUUGAAGUUUACUUCCUUCUCUGGAUGUGUUUUUAUUUUGUCUGUUUUUUUGGGAUUAGCUUUGUGUGUCUUGCUGUCAAAUCUGCCUAAUUAAUCCCCGUCUCUUAACUUUUGGGAUGAAGGGGAACUACAUGGUUGUGUGCAAAGCCUUCAUGUGUUACAUCAGUCCAGGAAUGUGAAAGAGUGUUUUUACCAAUACCAAAGUCCACUUCUCAGUAUUGGAUCAAACGGUCCGAUUUGUCUUGUAUACAGUUUGUUUUUUUCCCCACAUUUGAAUAAAUCAUUUCCACUAAAUCGA